AUGGCUAGAUACGGUGCUACUUCCACUAACCCAGCUAAGUCUGCUUCUGCUCGUGGCUCUUACUUACGUGUUUCUUUCAAGAACACUAGAGAAACCGCUCAAGCUGUUUCUGGUUGGGAAUUACAAAAAGCCCAAAAGUACUUGGACCAAGUUUUAGACCACCAAAGAGCUAUUCCAUUCAGAAGAUUUAACUCUUCCAUUGGUAGAACUGCUCAAGGUAAAGAAUUCGGUGUCACCAAGGCUAGAUGGCCAGCUAAGUCAGUUAAGUUUGUUCAACAACUAUUACAAAAUGCUGCUGCCAACGCUGAAGCCAAAGGUUUAGAUGCUACCAAAUUAUACGUUUCCCACAUCCAAGUUAACCAAGCUCCAAAACAAAGAAGAAGAACCUUCAGAGCUCAUGGUAGAAUUAACAAGUACGAAUCUUCUCCAUCUCACAUUGAAUUAGUCUUAACUGAAAGAGAAGAAGCUGUCGAAAAGGCUACUGAAAAGAAGGCUGUUAGAUUAUCUUCCAGACAAAGAGGUAGAAUUGCUUUCCAAAAGCGUAUCUCUGCUUAA